AGCGAUGGGGGAAUAAUUAUUUGGCUGUGCGCAUCUUCCUUGAAGACAAAAGCAUCUUCCUUCUCGAUUCUCAGCAUCUACGAAAUAUUCACACUUCCACUUGAUCAGAUCCAACAAAUAAGCUUUCCUUUCUAUUUUAUUACACGACAUAUAUAUACUCAUUUAACGCGCGUGCUCCUCAUCCAACGGUUCAUAUUCUAUCUCCCUCCUUUAUAUAUACCACUGAAUCAUUCACAUCUUUUGCUUAUCAAUAAUCAAUAAAGUGACAAAAAACAUGGCGACUUUGGAAUCUCCACUAGAGGCGUUGGCUUUGGAAUAUGCUAGCAUCGGUUGUUUCGCCGUCGUCAACAACGUCUGGACAUGGAUCGCCGUCGUUACCGCCGCAGUCGGCUUCUGGAGGAUAAGAGUCACCACCAUCAAAGUCGAACACGGUCUUGGGUGUGGCUUGUUAGAGGGAUCAAAAGCCUCGAAACAUGAACAAGAAUCAUGUCAUCACGAACCGCAAGCAAUGGCCGGGGGCGCGGUGGAGGAGGCGGCGAUGGCUCGAGCAAAGGGAACGGAGGUUUUGGAGCCGUUAGUGUGCGAUGACGGAGUGACGAAAGGGAAGCUGACGAUGUACUACGAGGUAGAUGACGUUGACGGGGAGAGGUGUGUUGAUAGAGAUGGAGAGUUAACGGCCGUUAACUACGGAGGUGGUUUGGGUAGUUGCGGAGAGUUGUGGGAGAGAUGGGAAAGAGUGUUGAAGAUGAGAACUGGUGAUGACGAUUGGUACCGUUACGUAGACUUGACGGUGAUAAACGGGAGUGUCGUAAGGUUAUGGGAUGACAAACGGAAUUCGUAAGCGAGCCAUGUGUCUAAAUUAGAGGAUAUUCCUAGUUUGGAAAAAUUAUAUCCCUCGAACCUUAUUGGUUUAAACUUCAAAGUUUAUUUUUGGUCGAUUAAGUUUGUAAUUUGUAUAUAGUUUCUCCCCACAAGACCAGGGACGCUUGACCUAGAAGAAAAAAAAUCAAAUAUUAAAUGCUGUUGCUUA